ACAAAAAUAAGGAAAUAUGCAAACUUACUGCCUUUGAAACCUUUUGAUUCUGUUCGUGAUCGAUAAUUGUUGCAUCAUUAAUGAAUCGUGUCUGUUAUCUCAACUUUGGAGAAAACAAAUCCUAAUUGUAGCCUCAUUCCUAAAACGGACAAAAUGUUCUAGUAUGAUCCCUAUAACGGACAACAGUCCCUGUUACUCGGCUUACUCCACGUCUGGCAUUAAAGCUGUGGGUGUCCUCGGUGGGUUUCUACUAUUAAAAGUUUGAUACAACCACACGAAGAAGCAAAAUGAACACAAAUAUUUACUAUCAAAAAGCGCUCCUACAAAAGGAGACAAACCGAAACGCAGAAGGCAAAUAUUUAAAAAUCAAAGUUAAGUACAGUAUGUGGUUUGUUGGGUUUGUUGGAGACAGACGAGGGUCACUGAUGCUUGAUGACUGAUUCUCUAUGUAUGUGAGUGGGCUUGGUCGGUCUUGAGCGUCUGCGUGAUGAGGAGGGAUGGGGGUUACACAGAGGGGAGUAUGCUUUUGGGUGAUGUGACUGGCACUGUGUGUGAGAGAGACACAGAAAAGAGAGAAGGGGCGGGGUACGGUGAGAUCAAGGACGAAGGGAGAGAGUGAGAGAAGGAGGGAGAGAGAAAAUGAGUGACAGAGUAAAAGUGUACGCAGCAGUGUACUUCAUCCAGGUGACCUACUUGCAUAUAUAUUUUUUUCCCGCACGCGCUGUGUAUGACUGACAGCCAGCGGCACUGUAAGCCGGGUCGCGGGGCAUUGUGGGUGUGUGUCGCCGGCCUCGAACUGGCCUAUAAAGCCGCGCUCGCCGCCUGUGUACACCAGUGUUUGCAUCAACACUUCACCGACUCGAGCCUUCAAGUGACGUCACAGCUUCCGUCAACAGCUUCUAUAUUGACAGGGAAAAAAAUCGACCAUCAAAAAUGACUAGCAUUCUGAAAGAGUUCUCUGCUAAACUGAGGAUAAAGGAGAAGACACCAGUGGACACUUGUGUUGAGGAGAUCCUAGACAAAGAGGAAGAACCUUACGAAAAGGCGGGCCUGCAUGCAGUGGAGAUUUGCGACGGCAAUGGCUGCCCGAUGAAUAUGCGGGACGCACACGGACUGCUGCUCAGCAGGAAUGUGCCGCCGGACGUCCUGGCCAGGAAAGUCACCUUUAAAGCCCGCAACGACGAUGUUCUCCUCAUAACGUAUCCUAAAAGUGGUACCCACUGGCUAUGGGAAGUCGUCUCCAUGCUGACCAGAGGCAGCACAACUCUGCUGUCAGACACGAUGACGCACAUUGACUACUUCCCACUGGAAGUCAUCGACAUCCUGCCCUCGCCUCGCGUGCUGGCCACUCACAUGCCCGUGACGCAGGUACCACGUGACUUUUUCACGCGCCGCUGUAAGAUGAUCUUGUGCGUGCGGAACCCCUGGGACGUGGCCCUCUCCUUCUUCCAUUUUGUACGGAACCUUCAAACCUUUGAGUAUUCGGGCGAAUGGGAUGGCUUCUUCGACCUCUUUCUUCAAGGAAACGUUCCCUACAGUUCAUGGUUCGAGCAUUCACGAGAGUGGCUCGACCUCCUGAGUUCUAACACAAACAUCCUGCUCGUGCUGUUUGAAGAUAUGCACAAGGACCUUAAGCAAGAGCUGGCCCGAAUCGCUCGCUUCCUUGACGUACCGAUGACCAAUGACCUAGCCGAGGCCAUUCAGAGGGAGACGACUUUUACCAACAUGGCGAAGAACAAGUUUGACUAUACGAUAGCCUACUCUAAAACUGGAGUCUCGCCCAUCUUCAGGAAAGGAAAAGUCGGCGACUCGAAGAACUGGUUCACAGACUCGCAAGCUUCGCUAGUAGAGAUGGCGUACCAUCGCGAGCUGGGCGAGAACAGGCACAAACUGAACUACGUCACGCGGCAACGGACCAGCCAGUGAAGAUACAACAGAUAAAGUGAAGGCAGCGGGUACAGGUGCUUCAAGCACAGACGUUCCUACACCUAGCGGUGUUUGCACAAACUCCUCGCAUUCCAUACUGUUGGAAAACCAGUCUCUCAAUGCACAUCUCGGCUCCAACAUACCGCCCAAAUCCGUUCAUCACUUCGCCCGUCUCUUGCGCUGCUCUCUGCUCAGGCCGACUGACUAGUUCUUCGCCCACCGCCAUACCCUCUUCUUUGCAUCUCUGCCAUCUACAUGUCCAUCAGUGGACAAGCCCAUCAGUCUUAUCGGGCUCAUCAGUUUAAGUUGCAUCAGAUAACUUUCUUUGAGUUGCUUAGACAGCAACUUUAAAACGAAAUUCUUCGCCUUCCAACUCUGCACACAAAAAAUUAAUUUUAAAAACUCGAUCGCAAUGGCCCAUGCUUGGUUGUGCUUACAAAGGGACAUAAUGAGUGCUGGAGGAAUGUGUGCUGUGGGGAAAGGAUAUGAUUGCACUCUGCACUGUAAGCAAGUCACCAAAGAUGGCGAUUUCCAUUUCUAGUGCAUUUAUCGACCCCUCCUUAAAAAUCUGCAAACUGUUAACACAAAUUGAAUAUUAUUGCUUAUUUUUGUCAAGUUGUGUUCAAAGUUUUGAAAACUUUAUCCCUGCGGCUCUGGGAAUAGCUCAGAGAAUAAAGCAAAGACUAUUUAGAUAUCAUAUAUGUUUAGAGGUCGUAUCGAUGACACAGCGACUGAACAAUCUCGACGAUGAACUUAUGCAUGCAUACUUGCUGGAUGCGUUGUUAACAAGUUUGCUGACUGGAUGAGUGUUUAAUGAUAAUACUGUUAUUUAAAACAUAUUUUUGUAUCACUGGAUGCAUAUUUGGGAUAUCAAAUGUAAUGAGUUUGUUUGAAAUGAGUAAUGUGAUUGAAUAUUCGAAUUUGAGACAUACUUUCAUUUUCAACUAGUUGUAUAAAGCAUACUAUUUAAACACCUGCGAGGAGCGGGAACUAGCAUAUUUCAUCAUCCUGUCCAUUAAUAUUUUGCAUCAAAAUAUUAUUCGUUAGUUUUUAACAUUAAUAAAGUAUAGCUAAAAAUG